CGAGGCUGCGGCGUAGCCUCAGUGCCGGCGCAGUGGCCGGGCCAUCGUGUCCUGUGCCUAGUUCUCUGUGCUCUCUUCUCUCUGAUCCUGUUCGACAGCCGACCACCACCACCACCACCACCACCACACCAUCAUCAUCAUCAUCACCACCACGAUCCUCCCACGACAGAGAUCGCCCCUUUUUAUCAUUUAUCCUGGACCCUGGUGCGUGGCCCUGUCCGUCCUCGAACCAUACUCUCUCUCUCUCCGCAUAUUCGGUGUGAUUCGGAUCAACGACAUCUCCUCUCUCUCUCUCUCUUUCUCUCUCUUCCUCUCUCUCCUCGACGAUCCUUCCAUUAUAUUCCUAUAUUCGUCACUCUCGACAAACCUGCCUCCUCUUAUCGACGCGAAUACAUCGUGGUCCAAGUGGUGAAAUCGCGCGAGCGCGUAGAAAACGACCGCGCGAAAGAAACGUAAUCGUCGAGAAUCGCGAUCGUCGUUGUGGCGAAUAAUUGUGACGCUCGGUCGUUGUGUGAGCAGGUCCCGUGGACGACGCGCGAGGAUCCAUCCAUCCAAGUCGGUCGUACGUUCAUAUUUAUUUUGGUGGUUACUCCCUAUUGUUGAUAUUUACUUUGUGCGAGGAACGUAGCAGCGGCAGCGGUAGCAGCAGCAGUAGCAGCAGCAGCGGCGGCAGCGGCGGUUGGGAAGGGAACGGUGGAAGAAAGAAGGCAGGCUGCCGGGCAGCAGUCGGGAGGAUCACAGGGCGAAGAGGUGGGAGCCAUGCCGCCCGGGCGAGCUUCCCUCGAGGUAGCCAGGAUCGUCCGGCAUCCCUGUUCUUCCACGGUACUUCCAUUGCGUUUUCAUCGCCUCUUUUGAGGUGAGGAACUGUGGAUUGGUGGUGUAGGACCUCGGCCCCAGGAGUGGCCUGGGGGUUACCCUGGGGACCUCGGGGAAUCGUUGGCGCGAGGACGAGGCAGCUAAGAAGGACGAAGGACACGGGAGGCGGAGGAGGAGGCCGCUAUGAACGCCAGCGUCAACAUCGAGAGGAACUCCUGGCGGCUGCCUCCCGACGAGACCGUCCAGGUCGCCGAUCCCCGUUCAAAGUCAGCCCAGGUAAAAGAGGAUCUAACGUACGCGGAGGGUGGCCACAACUGGCGAAGCAUAAUCUUCUCGCUUUUGGUCAUCGGCUUCGUUAUCGCCGGGAUCGUCACGGCCAUUUACCUCCUCGGGUACGUGGACGAGCUGUUGUACUGGAGCGGCAGACGGCUCACGUUAGACGAGUGCCUUCGUGAUGAUCUGACGCCGCACAGGUUAACACCGACCUGGAUAACCCACGACAAGUUUGUCUACCAGGCCGACGACGGUUCCCUCACACUCCUGGACACAAGCAACAAUUCCGUGUCCCUUCUCGUCUCUAAUCACACGCUCAGACAGCUGAACGUCCAAGGCUACCAGUGCAGCGCCGAUCUGCGUUACGUGUUGUUCAAGCACAAUGUCAAGCCGGUGUACAGGAAUACCUUCACCGCUUAUUACACAGUCUACGACGUCACGAACGACCACCACACGCCUCUCCGCCUGCACACAUCGCGGGGGAUGCAGCAAACGCGGCUGCAACACGCCGCCUGGUUGGGCAACACGUCCGGCAUCCUGAUGAUAUCCGAGAACGACAUCUACGUGAGGAUAGCGCCCUCGGCGGCAGAGGACGCGAGGAUAACCGACACAGGUUUGCCCGGGGUGAUUUACAACGGGGUGCCGGACUGGUUGUACCAGGAGGAGGUGUUGCCGCGGCCGGAAGCUGCCUGGCCGAGCUCCGACGGCACGCAUCUCCUCUUCGCCUCGUUCAACGACACCAAGGUCACUGCCCUGGAAUUCCCUUGGUUCAGCACGCAACCGGGUCAGGAUGGGCCCAGCUCCAGCCCCCUGUUCACGCCUAGGAGAGGCUCCUUCCCGCCCUCGAGGUCCGUCAGAUACCCCACUCCCGGCUCGCCAAAUCCCGAGGUCGAGUUGUGGAUCAUGGAGCUGGGCAACUUGACCAACUCGAUCAACGGAACGGCGAACUCGACCACCCUCUCCAGGAUAAGGUUGAAGCCGCCAACCGCCUUGGACGGACAGGAAUAUUAUCUGAUAUCGGCGGGUUGGGUGGGCGAGGACUCGACCCAGGUGGCCGUCGUCUGGAUGACCAGGUCGCAGAAUCUCUCGUUGGUGACCGCUUGCCGCGCACCGAUGUGGGAGUGCGAGGAGACUCAUUCCGAGAGGGCGCCUGAGGGACAGUGGUUAGACGCGCAGCCCCAUCCCCUGUUCGCCCCAGACGGGGACAGCUUUCUGCUGCUGGCCGCCGUUCAAGAGGGCGACAAGGAGCACUUCACCCACAUCAAGCACGUGACCUUGACUCAACAGAGGAUAGCAGUCUUGUCUCACGGUCGUUACGAGGUGAGUGAAAUCUUAGCGUGGGACACCAAGGCCCAUUUGGUAUACUAUUUGGGCACGAGGGAAAGGAGGCCCGGCCAGAGACAUCUUUACAUUGUUCGCGAUCCCACCGCUGACGAUCCUCGACAUCUCGAACCGUUGUGCGUCACGUGCGACCUUGGCGAAGUCCUGUGGAGCAGUAGGUUUUAUUACACAAAUUGCACCCACUUUGGCGCGUCCGUAAGUCCCCCGAUGGAGAACGAGUCAUCCGGCUACUACGUCCUCUACUGCGAAGGUCCGGGCCUCCCUCUGGCCGCCGUACACCUGAUCACCACCCACAAGAUGAUCCGCGUGUUGUACGACACGAGGAUCCAAAGAGGGGACAAGCUUUCGCAACUGGCGCUGCCGACUCGAAGAAGCUUCGAGGUGUCUCUACCCCAAGGGUGGAAAGCUCAGGUGCAACUGUUAUUGCCACCCUCGUGGCGAGAGGAGCUGAGAGACGCCGCGUUCCCCGUCCUGGUGGAAGUGAACGGUCGGCCAGGUAGCGAGGCGGUGACCGACCGGUUCAAGAUCGAUUGGGGUACGUACAUGUCGAGCCACAACGACGUGGUGUACGUGAGGCUGGACGUGCGCGGAGCGAGAGGCCAAGGGAAGCGGGAUCUGUUCAGAAGAAUCGGCGGUGUCGAAGUUCAGGAUCAGUUGACCGUGUUGAAGCAUCUUCUCAAGACUCUCAAGUACCUGGACGUGACCAGGGUGGGUGUGUGGGGUUGGGGAUACGGCGGCUACGUGACCGCCAUGGUGUUGGGUAGCCAGGAGAACGUGUUCAAGUGUGGCGUCGCUGUGAAUCCUAUCGCCGAUUGGCUCUACUACAAUUCCGCGUUCACGGAGCGAGUCCUUGGCGCUCCCGCAGAGAACUACAAAGGUUACGUGGAGGCUGACCUGACCCAACGCGCCAGGUUGGUGCCCAGUCACAGUCUCUACCUUCUUCACGGUCUAGCCGACCUUACAGCGCCUUAUACGCACGGUGUCGCCUUCGCUAAGGCUCUGACCGAAGCGGGUAUCAUCUUCAGGUACCAGAGUUACGCGGACGAAGACCACGCCUUGUCAGGCGUGUUGGAACACGCUUAUCGUUCCAUAGAGGACUUCCUCGCAGAGUGCCUCGCCCUGGACGCGUCCUAGUGCCUCAAGCCGAACGCUCCCUCGUUGUCUCUAGCUCGCCUACUUCUGAUACAUCCCAGAUGGAUGUGGAUGCUCGUCAAGAAGGCUCUCGUCGUUCAGGACUAGACUGUAGCUCGAAUAUAUAUAGAAAGAAGAAAAAAGUAAUAAUAAUAAUAAUAAUCGGACGUAACUCCGAGACCCGGUCCUGGAACGUAGCGGUGAAAGCGUAUAGCGUGAACGAACCGAUUAAAAGAAGAAAAAAAACCAAAAAAAAAAAAAAUAAAAAAUGCUAGUCAGAGCCAGGGGAUGAGGCGUGAACUUAUCGUUUGUAUAAUAAGUAAACCGUUAAUAAGUAACCGUUGUAUAUCAGCCACCUGCAUCAGCCUGCGGAGAUCCCUCUUUGCUACCGACGAAACUUUUCACUUUUGCUCUCUCUCUCUUUCUCUCUCCGAAAGCGGAUAUAUACAAACACAAAUUUCUAGUCCACGAUCUCCUUCCCUGUCUCCCAUUCAUCCAGAUGGCGCAACUAGCUAGCUAUUAUGGCGCGAUUCGAGACACUGUUUCGAGAUUCGACGCUCGAGGAUUCGAGGCUCGUUGCGAGGCUCCUCGCAGUUCCUCCUCCCCGUGUUUGCCCCUCGCCUCGGCCUCGAUCGGUCUCUCGCGAAGAAUCGGCGAACGGUGUCGCGCCUCUCGCAAGCUUGCAAGCUCUAAACUCAUUUUUUAUACACAGCGAAACCUUCGAGACGAAGGUGUCGACAUCUCAGCGAACGAGCUUAGCGCGAGCUUGCAAGUUCGCGUCCCGCGUUUUUUAUAUCGACGCUUACACGCGCGUAAAAACAUGUACACGCAUGCACAUAUACAUUCAGUCAUUUUCUGCUCAUUGGCGCCGUUUGUAUAUCGCUCCGCUUUCCGAGGAUAUCCGAGCUUGUGUCGAUAAUAAGCUUGCAAGCUUCCAUCAAUCGCCUUCUUCAUUCAGAGAACCGCCUUCUUCUCUUUCUCUCUCUCUCUCUACGAGCGAGUCGCCUUUAGAUCGAGUACAGACACAGAGCUUGCAAGCUCGCGCUUCGCGACGUUUCUCCCUCUUCGAUUACAUCGGUCUCUACCAUGAUCCCCUUGGCUACUACCUCCUGUACCGACGUGACACAUGCAUACACGCACACACGUACACGCAUAUACAUUAUUUCAUAGAAAGCCUAGUCUUAAGUUUUAUGUACAGCUUCGCGCCUAGUCUGUGUAUCGUGUAACGUGGGAGAGGAGAUGAAAAGGAAAAAAAUAGGAGAAGGAAAGAAGGGAAGGAAAGAAAAUUUCCCUUCCAUCGUUAUCCAUAUAUAUAUACGUACAUAAAUACACGCACACACGAAUACACGAAUCCUUUCUACCGUUUGAUUCUUCGAUAUUUGUAAUAUAUCCGUGUCUCUUUGAAACGAGUCCCUUGGUGCAGGAAAGCGUUUCCUCCCCCCCCCCCCCCCCCCUUCGACGAGGUUCGAGCGUGUUCCCCGUUUAUCGUUGAUCGUUUGUUGUAUUAUAUAUCGCUAAGUUGUACUAUAAACACAAUACUGUUUCCAGAAAUUAAAUAACUAUGAAUUAAGUAAGUUAAGCGCGACGCGAAGCUUUAGGAUAAUAAUGAACCUCGUUCAGGUUUCACCUCGUAUACUUUUUAGCUCGUUUGAAAGGAAAGGGACCUCGUCGUCGAGGGCAACAACGUAUUCCCCUUUCUCUCGAUCACAAAUACAUCGAUCCCGGGGAGCGGCCCGAAGAGGAUCUCUUAAGAGGAUCGAUUUCGGAGAAUUCGUCGAUCGUAUGCAAAAAUAUUCUAGAAGAAAAAAACAAAAUAUGAGAAAGAACGUAAGAAUCCUCGAACAAGACGAUCGAUCGACGAAUCCGAGGAAUUCCUUCGGGCCACUCUAGGUCGACGUGGUGGAAGAUCGAUGUUCGUUCAGACGCGGUUGAUGUUGGAGGAUGGAUAAUCGUUCGGGAUCGAUCGAUCUUGCGGGAUUCCACCGUGUAUGUAUGUCCUUCUCGUCGCUCGAAAUCGAUCCACCGGUUAACAUAAUCGUAAAUCUCUAUGUGUCUUUUCAAAUUUGUACCGUGAAUCGAUUCGAACUUGUUCCGAAUUAUUCCUAUAGUUGUAACUCUGGAUCUGAAUUCGGGUUUCGAGAAGGUGAGCACGUUUUUACUCGAUGUUACUCGUAAGUUCGAUCGAAACGGGACAAUUUUCACGGUUGAUAAAGAGAGGACUUAUAAGAGGAAAAAAAAAAUAAAAAAAUAAAAAUAAUAAUAAUCGAAACAAAACUAUAUCGCGCUCGAACGAAGAGAGUCGCACGUCGCCAUAAACGCUGCCUGCCAAGCAGCCCUUAAAUGCCGACAAUCAAGGCUAGUGCAACUAAUCAAACGAUAAUAAAUAGAGAAAAAAAAAAAAAAAAAAAAAACGAGGAGAGGAUGAAGAAAUUUACCUAAUAAUAAUUAAUAAAAUUCUUAGAGAUGAGUGAUCGAUGAUGGUUCGUCCACAUGAUUGAUUGGCGUGGUUGAGGACCUCGAAUGGGUCGAAGGGAUCGAGUUAGAGAUAACCCUUCGAUCGAUGCACGGAUAGUAGACGUGGCAAAUCGAAAUUAGAUCGAAAUUACGUGCUUGAUGUCGAUCGUAGAGAGUACAAAAAAAAGUGAAACCGCGCCCGAUCAAGGAAUCUUUCCUCGGGUUUAAUCUUUCGAGAAAGAUUAAAUUCGAAUCAAUCUCGCCCUUUUCCUCGGGAUGCGAAUUAAAAUUGGAAAUUAAUGGAAAUUAUAGAAGAAAAAUUUGAUGUAUCAGCUUUUCGUCGAUCAACAAUUUGCUUUGUUUUAUAUCCAUAUAUAUGUAUAUUAAAACGUGAAAGAGUUAGAAUCGUAAAAAAUUGUUGUUGUAAAAAUUAAAAAAAAAUAUUUCUUACUUUCUCUCAAGUUUUUCCACUGUGAUUUUCAUGAUAAAUGGCGUUGAAUAAAAAAGAAAAUUCUCGAAAUUGUUCUCGAGGGGGUUCCUUGGUCGCGCGACAAGGAACAAACACGCAUUAGUGUUAAAAACCACAUUGUAAAAGUUCAUUUUUUUCGUGAGUAAUCUUCCUUGAAGGGAACGUGAAGGAAGAGAGGGAUGAAAGAACGAAAGAAAGAGAGUAGAAGCGAGAAUGGGUGGGAGUGAGUGAGAGUGUGCAAAAAUCGCAAUCAAUUAUUAACUUAUAAUAAACGGCAAAAAGUGCGGCGAAAAACAUUAAAAAAAAACGUAGGCGUAAGUAUCGGUCUCACGAGCACGGCAGGCACGCAAUAAAAAAAAAAAAAAAUAAAGGGAAAUAAAUGCAAUUGCAAACGUGGAACAACUGCAAAACGUGGACGGUGUAAUAAUAUGGACAAGUGUAAGAAGGAAUUGUAGGCAUGCGAUUGGAAUUAAGAAGUCGUAAGAAAACUAAAAAAAAAAAAAAA